AUGAUGAAUAGAUUCGUUAUCGUCUGUAUUUACAUUAUUAUCAAUUUAUCGCUCAUUCUAUCAACUCCAACAAAAUUAAAACCAUUGGAAUACGACAUCAGUCUUGUACAUGCGCAAUAUAUAAUAAAGGCGGGAUUGGCCAAGUCACACGAACUUGGAACCAAGAUGAACAUUGCCGUCGUGGAUGCCGGUGGUAAUCUGAAAGCGUUUGUACGAGAAAAUGGCGCCUAUAUCGGUAGCAUUGAUAUAGCGAUCAAAAAGGCGAAGACAGCUCGCUAUUUUGACCAAGUCACGGACGACUUGGGUGCGCAAUCGCAGCCAGGUGGACCAUUGUACCAGAUUGAAGUAAGCAACGGCGGUUUAAUUACCUUCGCUGGUGGUGUUCCGAUCACGAAUGAGGAUGGUGCUGUGAUUGGCGCAGUCGGUGUAUCGGGCAGUACAGUUGAAAACGAUAAGGUAGUCGCUACUUUUGCUGCUGCUGCCAAGUGA